GUGAACUUUAAGUGAUCGGUGAUAGUGAUAUGUUGAAGCUGUCAACUUUUUUGUUUUUUUUGAGUUGAAAGAAAUACUUUAAUAUAUCACAUAAACACAAUUAUUUGAAGACCUACUAUGGCUGUUAAUGAAAAGCAAGCACCUGUUUCCAUACCAACCUGCUUUUCGGAAAAACGAGUUUUGGUUGUAUGGAUUGCCUGCUUCGGGAUUUUGAUAGUGUUGUCAUUUUUUGUUUUUGUACCAGUCGCAGUGUCUAUGGUAGGCCUAAAUAUUUUUUGUUGAAAAUUAGUUACUAUUAGCUUACUUAGGGAUCCGAUAAGUUUAGGGUUCAUGAUUGUUAGGUUUAGGGAUAGAUUUAGGGUUCAGGGUAGGUUAGGGAUACAUUUAGGACAUAAGUUUGUGGGUCGUGGCAAACAAGAUGGCAGCUACGGUGCUAUCUCUCCAAAUUUACCUAAAUAUCUUCGUCUUCUUAUACUUAUAUUUGAGGGGUCCACGAUCAAUUUGUUGAUCCGGGUUUAAAUUCAGAGUUUGCCUUCUCUUAGAUGGGUUGCCGUCCAAGGCUAACAAGUCCCAUCCACCCGGGGUGCAUGGGAUGUUGGCUUUGGUGGGAUUGAACUCCAGACCAACAGCUUUUUGGUUUGAGACAGUUUAGACCGCUCAGCCACGCUGCAUCCCCAGCAUAUUAUAUUAAACGCAAGUAAAUAAAUUGAAAGUAUCAUAAAACUUAAUCAAAUAAAUGAUAAUAAUAUUCAAAUAAUCUCAAAUGAUCAAUCAAAGAUCAUCUCAUGAGUCAUGACCUGUAAAUUAUCUUAACUGUAAUCAUCAUUGUAAUUUUUUAAGGUAACUUUGGACUAUAUGUGCCAUGACGUUUCACACGGCCAUCAUCUAGGUUGCCAUUUUCCCUGAAAGGUCACACACGGGUCAUGGCAACCAAGGUGGUGGUCGUGUAAAUAAACAUAGCUGCUAAAAUGGGGUGGGGAAAGGAAGAGAAUGUGCUUGUUUAGUGAAAUACAAAUAUAGGAACAAAACAUCAAAAUUUAAUGAACAAAUUUCCACCGGUCUAACUCAUAACUUAAACCUAACCCUAAACCUAACACUCAACUCAAAGACGUGUGUGGCUACAAUUACACACUGUGGUAAGAAAACUUUAAAAAUGAAGAAAAACGAUACAAAAUAAUUGUAAAAUAAUGAAUACCCAAACUUACAGUUUCAUAGAAUACACUUUUACACACUUUAUUUCAGAUUACAGCAAAAAGCAAAUCCAAAAGUUGAAAAAAAAAUCAAUACAUACUCAUUUUCCAAAAUUCGGGAAAAUUUAAAUAUUACAAUUUACCAAGCAAUAAAAUUUUAAUUUAAAACAUUCCAAUUGUCUUAUUAAAGAAAAGUUAAACUCUAGUAACAACAACGUAAAGGGGAGUGAUACUUAAAAUAUCACGUAAGUGAUGUCAUGGUGUGAAUUGCCUGUAAAAGGCCUAUUAAUUUUGAUUAUUAUUAUAUGGUAGAGCCUAUAUAAUACAUAGUAUAGUUACUGUGUUUCUUCUGCCAGAAGAGCAGAGGCUUAGCACUUUCAUCAAAUUAAAUUAUCGUAUAGUGAUCUUCUAUUAUAUAGUACAUGUAUUAUUCACAAUAUAGCCAUAAUAGUGUCCGUAAAAUUGGGUUAUGUCACAGAAGGGGGUUGCGUUAAUGCAGUAUUUUGCAAUAUGCCAUGCAAAAAAUAGUGAUGGCAUUUUUAAAAAGUAGGAAUUUACUAUCUUAGAAUCUUAGACAAUGCAUAGGUGAUCUUGUUAUAAAAUACAGAUUUUUUAAAAUCUCGGGAGUGAGCUAGACUAUGUGUUGCUGAAGUAAGACUAGCUUUAGUGGUUUUGUGAUUGUGUUAUAUGAAAAAAUAUCUUUAAAAAAAUCUUUUGAUUAUACCUUGUACUUAAUUCAAGUUUGAACAAAAAUUUCAUGUCAGUAUGAUUAAUGAAAUUUAGGUAGCCAUGCCAUGACUCCAUUAUGUCAGAAUCUGCUCUAUAGUUGGGUUCCAUUCUCAGUAGUUAAUAUGCAAAGUGUUGUGAACUGGUUAUUUGAAUGCUUAUAAAUAUUAAAAUAAUUGCAUUUUAUUCAAUUGUCUUUCAAACAAUUUUUUUUUUCUAUAAUUAUUCAUAAUUGUGGAAUCUUGGGAUCUUUAUGUUUGUACUGACUCCAUGCACUUCGCAAAUAUUCACAGAUUAUAUGGUGCACUCAUUAAGGAACAGUUCUUUAUAAUAGCACAGCCUAAUUACUAGUUUUUAAGUUCAGCCAUGCCCAGUCCUCAUGACUCAUUUAUAACAAUUGUAAAUACAAUAUAUUUUUAAAGACAAGGAGAUUGGCUUAUUGUUAAUUAAAUUGCAUAUUUACAUUCUCAAAAGCUGAUUAUGCAACUCCUUAUAAAAAAUUAUUUUAAUAAUAUUUAGUUUCAAAGAACAAGAGUUUUAAAAGGAGAAAUUUGGCUUCAAUGUUUUUAAAUUAAUUAAAGGUACAUUUUCAUAAUCUGCAGGAAAAUGCUGGAAACAAUUGUUACCUUUACAGUGACUCAAAAGGCUUUGGAACCUUAUCUGUGUGCUCCUAUUGUGUUGCAUCUGCAAUCAUAUUUCUUUGCUUGUGUGGUCUUCGGCUGUUGAUUUUAGUCAUUAAAGUGACACGUUUCUCCAGCAAGCUGUCUGACAAAGUAUAUGAGUAAGUUAGACAUUUAAAGAUUAUAUCUUACAUGUGUAAACUUUUUUCAUAAUACCUAAAUUUCUUGUCACAGAGUGAAUCUAUUGAAAAAUAAAUUAAAAUUUAUUAUUUUCAUUUAUUUAAAUACAAAGAAAAAAUAGGGCUGAUUACAUGUCAAGGGUAACAAAACCUACAAUCUCAAUUAAAAAUUCAUGAUUUAAUAAAGCAUUAGUCAGUCCUAUUCUGUAAAUCUUAGAGGCUUUAAAAGAAAAAUGUCUACAUGGAAAACAGUGCAAAACUAUAUAUUAAAUACAGAAAAAUCUACAGAACCAUUGAACUUACUAUAAGACAAAAGUUUCCAGAUAAAUCAUCCUUUUCAUUUUGAGAAUUUUCUUCAACUCCCUUGAUACUCUUGGUACAAAUCUUCACAAUUUUUAUGUUUGUUAAGUUCUGCCAUUCACCUAUGAGAGUUAAUUAACAUUGUGCAUCAUAUUUUGUAAACACCAGUUUAUUUUGUUGGCUUACAAAAAUGCCAAUUAACUUGUCAUAUUUUUUAAUUUUGGAAAUAAUUGACUGUGACAACUAAAGGAUCAAUAGAGUCUUGUUUAAUUUUCUUUCUUAAUUUAAAAAAAGUACUCCGUGCCAUGGCCAUGAAUAUUUAAGGUAUAUCAAUUUUAUGAAAAGAUCAUGCUUUUUGCCUUUGUUUAAUUUACCUUAGUUGUUAGCACUUGUAAAUUAAAAUUUUCAGAUGGGUCAGUGUCUGGGGCGUGCACCUUAUCAUCUUCAUUCUAGAUUUGAUGAUGCUGAUUCUCAUAUUGGUGACUGCCUGUUUGAUCAGUGCUGGUUUGUCAAAAAUUUGUGAGCUUUAUGAUGGGAGAGAUAAGUGAGUUAACAUUUUAAUUUUUUAGUUUCAUAUCUCUGUUAGCAUUACAAAACUUGAUAGAAUAUAAUUCGUUACUGUUUUAGAAUUUUUCAUUAUUUGUUGAUACCACUUCUCUGCACGAAUACAUUUAUUAACCAAGUGUGAGCUACGGUUAAUUUUUUUAAAAUGGUCUUUUAGGUAUUAUUGCUUGUUAGUGUUAUAAAAAACAUAGAUCAAAUUUCUGUUUUCUGGAAAAUUUGAAACUAUUCCAUAAAAUUUUAAAAGAAACUCAUGCUGCCCUUAUAAACUAAUUUUGAAUGUAUACUGUAGUAAAUAAUUUGGAAACUAACUAAAUAUGUUAAAUUAGGCCUGUAUACAUGGUAUAUUUCAAUUAUGACUUAAAAAGAGUUACUUCACAGCUAUUAAAGGCGCUAGCUCACGGGUAAUAGUCUGUUCAACAAUUUUUAUUUCACAGCACAUAUAAUCUUAUUACUUCACUGUUUUAAGUUAUUUAACCAAUCAGAUGUCAUCCGGAAAUAAAGGAAAACUUGAUUGAUACUGUGUUAAACUCAUCAUCUAUUUCUUUAUUAUUGCAUUGUUAUUUUUUAAUUAAAAUUUAUAUUAAUUAUUACAAUUUUCAUUAAUGCUUAAAGGUGCUCAUCUUCAAAAGGGGUUGAGCUUCCGAAUGGAGAAAAUGGAUCAUUUUACAAAGCCCUCUCAUUCUCAGAGGUAUGAACUAAUCAUAAUAUAUAUUUGCAUAGUUGUUUCCCCAAGUACCUGUAAAGUUUGGACCCAUACUUUCCUCUAUGGUGGAUGGUUGACUUUAUGGGACUAUGUCUGCAUGUUACUGUUCAAAAAUUGUUAUCCUAGAAACAGAAUAUUGUUUUCAAAUUGUGUUAAUCUCCAUAUCUUUAAAGGAAUGAACAAAUGUGUCAGUUUCAUAAAAUAAAAAAAAGUUAGCUUAUUAAUGAUCAAAUAUUUCUUUGAAAAGAAUGGGUGGACAUAGUAAGAUCUGCUGGUUACUUAUAGCUUGCCUGUAGCCAUUGUGCGAGUCUUAAGGCAUUUCAAAUGAUAUAUAUGAAAGAAAUAUAUUUUAUUCUGCAUAUAUAUAAUAUAUUAUCACAGUAACCAUUUUGUUAAUUAUUAAUUUUCUUGAAACAAAUAUUUCAGGCUUCAGCUUGGUUCACAUUCUGCUUUUGGUUACUUGUUAUUGUAGCUGAGACUUAUAUAGGAUGGAAAAGUGGAUCAUUUUCAGAACUGGUCACCAAGGUCAGAAGUUUGAGUGCAAGGAAAAGUGACACUUCUGCAAGUCAGGAGCAAACAAACUCACAGCCUGAGCCACCACCCAUGGCUAAGUACUAGAUCAAUGAUUAGAACAAAAACUUUGACCAAAGGUUACCAACAGAGCUUGUAGAUAAAAAAGAUGUCAUCUUCAUCGUCACUAUAUAUUCAUAUAUUGCCAACCUACUAAAAUAAAUUAGUAGUCUUAUACACACUCACUCACUCACAC